AUGGCGGAACAACCGAAGAUCACGCUUCACUGGCUCAAUGGUUCCCGAGCCAACUCUAUACUUUGGCUUCUGGAGGAGCUUCAAAUCUCGUACGAUGUCCAAGUGUACCAUCGGCAGCCCAACAUGCUUGCACCUCCUGAGCUCGAAAAGGUCCACCCCCUUGGGAAGUCCCCUGUCGUGACUGUUACGGCGCCAGGUUCAUCAGAACCGGUGGUCCUGGCCGAGUCUGGAUUCAUUUUUCAGUACCUAUGCGACCACUUUGCUCAGGGCAAGACACUUGUUCCGAAGCGGUGGAAGGACGGACAGGAGGGGAAGGUGCUUGGGGAGACGGAGGCUUGGAUGCGCUACUCGUACCUCCUUCACUACUCAGAGGGAUCAUUUAUGCCAAACUUGGUGAUGUACCUGGUUUUGUCUGCCCUCAAGUCUAACCAGGUUCCUUUCUUCGUUCGGCCCAUCUCCUCAGCCAUUGCCAACCGUAUCAUUGCGAUGAUGGUAUUUCCCAACGUCAAGAGGCACCUGGCAUUCCUGGAGAAGCAGCUGGAGACUUCAGGCGGGGACUUUCUCACAGGACCGGACCUGACAGCAGCCGAUAUUAUCAUGAGCUACCCGCUGCUUGCAGGCCAGUCGGGCUUCGAUGGCAUGGGCAAGUUUGCGAAGGGCACAGCCAAGGAGACCUUCCCCAAGGUGUAUGCAUACAUGGACCGACUAGAGUCCCAGGCUGGAUGGCAGAAGGCUGUUCAGAAAACCAAGGAUAUCGAUGGCGCCGAGGAGGGGAGGGGUGAGAACAUCGAGAAUCUGACCGUCUCUGCGUCUGGAGUGAAAUGUGCUGUAGAGAGCUGCAGGCUGUGA